CGCGUGAGAUGAUUAGUAUUCCCAGUUGCCGUCAAGUGGCGUCAACGCCGAUGAUGACAUGGAUGCUCGGGUACCUUUUCACUAGACGCCAUACAAAACUGCACUCGGCAGCAUUAUUAUCAUCUUGGCACCGGCCUUGAAUCUAUCCGUUUCCAUCCUCGCUCGGUAUUGCCUAAUAGCAGCCCUCAAAUGGGUGAUUGUGAACCGGAAAUCGGCAACGCUGUAUGGAGAUGUUGGUCUCGGAUUAUGCCAUUAUCACCGAGGUACUUCCACCUGUACUGUGAUUAGGUGAAGCCUUAAGUUCACUUGUUCAGUGGGGGGCGAAACUUGCUCUGGUCAUGUUUUUGCAACUCACUGCUUUAUAAAGAACCGUCGGCGCACCCAGAGUAGAAAAAAGAGGCUGAAAAGAUUGAAAAUGAAACGGUAAAAAUCAAACAAAAAGGACAAAGGGAAUUGGAAAGACAAAGACGAGAAAAGGACUCACAAUGGAGGAAUCACCAUCUCUCCUUGUCCGGUUCCUCUCCGAACUGGGCCUCGUUUCUCUCUACCACAGCAAGCCCGACGUCAAGCUUCUCUGUCUGCAGCGAUUCGUCCGCCUCUUCGCCUAUGGCGCAUCCACGCUCGUCCUGGUGCUCUACCUCCAGUCGCUCGGCAUCUCUAAGACCCGGAUCGGCCUGCUCAUGACGCUGACGCUGGUGGGCGAUGUUUGCAUCAGCUUCUGCCUCACUCUGGUGGCCGACGGGCUGGGGAGAAAGGCGAUUCUCGCAUUGGGCGCCCUCAUGAUGGUGGGCAGCGGCGUCGCAUUUGCCGUGAGCGACAACUACUGGGUUUUGCUGGCGGCUGCAAUCUUUGGGGUCAUUAGUCCGAGUGGCAACGAGAUUGGUCCGUUUCGAGCCAUCGAGGAGAGCGUUGUCGCCCACCUCACGGAGCCGGCCUCGAGAAGCGACGUCUACGCUUGGUACAGCCUGCUUGGCACGGCUGGGACAGCAUUUGGACUCAUGACCGGCGGAUGGGCUGUGCAGUAUGUUUCCACCGUCCUCCACUGGGAACUGAUCGACGCCUAUCGUUUCAUCUUCUAUGGCUAUGCUGUUGCGGGCCUGGUGAAGUUGUCUCUUGCUCUUCUUUUGAGCAGCGCGGUAGAGGCAGAUGAAAAGGCUUCCUCUGCCAAAGCGACGAUUAAAUCCAAUGGAGCGGGCGACAACACCGAGACAUCGCCUCUCUUGGGUAGUGGAAAUGCGAGCCCACAAGCAGACGAAGAGCGAAAGUCUCGCGGCCGAGUUGGAGCUCUUCUGCCUGAUAUCAGCAAAGAAGGCUACGCUAUCAUGACGAGCCUGUGUGUCUUUUUCGCAUUGGAUGCGUUUGCCUCUGGGUUGGCUUCCAUGUCCUGGGUGACUUACUUCUUCCGCUGGCGUUAUGGCAUCGAAGAGGGCAAGCUCGGCUCCAUCUUCUUCGUUACUAGCAUCACCUCGGCUCUGUCAAUGCUUGUGGCCUCCUCCCUGGCCAAGCGGUUCGGCAACAUCAAGACCAUGGUAUUUACGCAUCUGCCCUCGUCCAUUUUCCUCUCGCUCAUACCCGCCUUCCCCGACGUGCGCCUCUCCCUGCUGUUCCUAUGGCUCCGCGCCUCCAGCCAGAGCAUGGAUGUCGCACCGCGGGCGGCCUUCCUAGCCGCCGUCAUCAAGCCAAGCGAGCGCACUGCCAUCAUGGGCGUCAUCAACGUGGUCAAGACAACCGGUGCCAGCCUAGGCCCCUUCUUGACUGGUACCUUGGCAGAUCACGGCCUGUUUUGGGUCGCCUUCGUCACAGCCGGGUGUCUCAAGGCGACCUAUGAUCUGGGCAUGCUUGCAGUCUUUCAGAAUCACGAGAAGCACGCAGCUGAAAGAGAGGAGCGAAGUGGGGAGGCGAGUGCUGCCUCUGCGUAAGUGAGACAGAGAGGGUGUGAUUACACCAAAGACAUGGGAGUUCAAGCCGCGCAAUAUUAUCAGCUGUCAGGCUGAGACAACCAGGUUGGAAAAUACACGCUAUACCGACCUCCCGAUUAUACUGUGCUGCUAUCUAUGAAAGUACAAAGCAUUGCUUUUCCAGCCAAAGACUGUUACUGACCGCCAUUUUACCUCCCGUAUAAAUUAAUAUGGCAUCACGAUGAAGUAUAACAGAGAAAGA